AUGGCAUUAAACUGGGCAAUGAUUUCGCAAGACGGCCGGAGUCUUGUUCCGUUACCUGGGGAGAAGGUUUUUUUCAGUCAGGAGAAAACUUCUGUGGCAUUAGAUAUGGGCGGUGGGUACCCUGGAAAUCCGGGAGGAAUAUACAAAGGAGAAGGAAUCAUAUAUGUAACUAACCAACGGGCUGUGUUCGUUAGCCGCCCGGCGGUGGCUCACUUCAAGUCACUAAGCAUUCCAUUGAUGAAUCUUCGCGAAGGGAAACUACAGCAACCAUGGUUUGGUGCAAAUUACUAUCAGGCAUUAGUUCAUCCAGUUGAGGGUGGUGGAAUGCCAUGUCCGGGUGGGCUGAAAAUUACUUUCAAAGAAGGCGGCGGUUUCGAGUUUAGCACAAUCUUUAACGAAGUGAAGAACCGACUCUAUGAGUCCGAAGGUCAUGCUCCACCAGACACAAUAGAGCCUCUUCCGCUUUACACACCACGCGCUGAAUCCCAAUCCGCAGAUCCCACUUCAACGACUGCUCCGUCCGGCUCCUCUCUCGCUGGAGCGGCCUCACCAGCAAUUAUCCCAUAUACCAUUCCAACUCCCGAAGUUCAUCCCGCUCCUCCAAAUGACACGCCUUCAGAAACAAACAGAGAGAUUACAAAUCCAUUUUUGAAUCCUAUAUAUUUCGGCGGAGAUUCGAAUAUGGCAGAACCAGAUGAUUUGCCGCCGAGUUAUGAUGACAUUGAUAAAUGA